GACUGAAAUUUUUCAUACGCUGUUGUCUCAUAUUCUCACUAGCUUUUGUAGUAUUAGGCCAUCAGCUUUCAUGGGUAUCCAUUCAUGCCAGCUCAUGCUUCUGUAUGCUUCCUUGUUGAGAUUGUUGGCCCUUGCAUCAUUGGAACUGGCUCUGUUCUUUCCUCUUAUCUCCCCCCGCCCCCUCUGUUUUCCUUAGUCGAAAAAGAGGCUCAGCUAUUCUUGAAUCCAUGGAAUCUGAGGCUCCGGUAAGGGAUGAAAGAGAUGAAGAGCAUGUUGAUGAGAUGAAAGCAGAUGAUGAUAUAAAAAAUGUUCAUGAAGUGAAUGUUUCUCAAUCCAAGAAUGUUGAAGAAACACAUGAGGGAGAAAAGAUCAAAGCGGAGGGUUCACAAAAUGUUGAAGCAUCUAUAACUGAAUCAGAAAAAAAAACAGAAGAUAAGGAAAAUGACACUGUGGUUGAACAAGUAAAAACAGAAGAAGAAGAUGAUAAGUCUACUGUAACACCAUCAGUUGAAGUUGAAGUAGAGAGCCAAGUUAAUGCAGCUGAUACUCCUAAGCCUUCAACUGAGGCAGUAGAAAAACCAGCAGAGGAUACAGAGGCGUCUAAAAUGCAAGAAAAAAAAACUGAAGCAACAAAAGAGCCAACAGUUGAAGAAACUGCAAUUGAAGAAAUUGAAAGCAAGGAAGAAUCUCCAGUAGCUUCUGCUGCACCAAGUUCUACACCAGUGGGACCUUCAACAACAUUUACUGUGUUCGAGUCUACACCUGAUGCCAUUAUAACCCCCAGUGUGGAAGUUAGCGAGCUUAAAGAACAAGUAGGAGCUUUAGUUCCUGAUGUAAUAGAAAAGAAAGAUUUUGAUCCCGAUGCUGAUGCAGGUAAAGAGGAAUUUAUGAAGGAAGAAAGUGGUUCUGCCGCAAUUAAGGUUGAGGCUAUUCAUACAACCUCGGCUACUGAAGUUGCUGAACAGGUUGGGAAGAGAGAAGUUCAUGUUGAAGAAGAGAAGCCAGAAAAGACAAUGGAGUUCAAAAAGCCAACUAUAAGUGAGAAAACCAAAACAUAUGAUGCUGCUGAAGUCGUUGAAGCCUCUGGGGCUUUAGGAGAUGUCGAGGUGAUCAAGGAGAAGAAAGAUGAAAGUUUUGUAGGUGACGGUGCAACUUUCGUAGAGACCUCCAGGGACCUUGAUGCGGUUGGAGGGGAAGGCAAUGUUAAAGCACCAGUUAGAGAACUAGAAGGUGACUCUAAGGAGGCCAUGUCAGAAUUGAAGCCAGCAGAAGCUAUAGAGACUAUUAAGACUGAAGGUUCAGGAGACAAGAAAGAAGAGACUGUGAAGGCUGAUGAUCAAAGUUUAGUUGAACCCACCAAAGAAGGUGGUGAUACAAACACAGAUGUAGAGGCUUCUGAACAGAAGGUUAUAGCUAAGACAUCUCAACGCCAGUCAAAUAACAUAAUAUCAAAGGUGAAGCGGUCAAUUGUUAAAGUGAGGAAGGCAAUAGUUGGGAAAUCACCCAGUUCAAAGAACAUGUCAUCUAAAGGAAAAGAUGAGUUAAAAGAAAAAUAGAGUGGAAAGUAGGUGUAGAUGCAGAUUGGGUCUUAACGUAAGAAUCUAAUAUAUUUGUUUUUUUCAUGCUAUAAAGCUCAUCCUUGCAUGUGUUAGCAUCCUGCCUGUGCCAAUGUUUCUGCAGAAGACACUGCAAUAUAAGAAGUGCACUUGUAUAUAGAAGAUAAGAUGUCAAUUCAGGAGGAUUUCUACUUCAGCAACCAAGUCGCGUGCAGGGAAGGAUUCACAGAAGGUCACGGUCUUUACUUUAUGCCUGCGAAGAUAUAAAGUGGAAUAUCUCUUUGUAUUGUUGUUGUUUUCUUUCAGUAUGUAUGCUUGUACUUGCCUUGUGAUAUUUUUGCCUGUAUGUAUAGAAUUCUUUUGGUUGAUCAUGUGGUGUGUAUGAUUCUAUUUAUAGUUUAUAACUUAAAAUAUGUUUUUGCUACUUGGGCUUUGAA